AUGAUAUUAAACAUUGCGGCGGAUAGCUCUCUGAGAGGGGUUCGAUGUGAAUCAAGCUUGGCGUGCAUAAGCAUUCCAAGGAUUACGACUUGUCCAGAUACUGUGCGGAUCACGGCAUAAAACGAUACCUCCACCAUACUCGAAUCAAAUUCAGAUGGCAUUCGUGACGCACCUCCACGACGCUCAAGAGCUUCGGAAAACGAUCUCAGCUCGACAGCACACAGUCGUAUUCUUCCAUCAGCAAUGGUGCUCACAUUGCAAGAAAAUGGAACCAAUAUUCAAAAAGAUCGCCCGUUUAGUUGAGUACAAAGAGGUCAAGUUUUGCGAGCUUGACCUCUUAGAACAAGAGGACCUUAUGAAAGAAUUGGAUAUCAAGACGUUUCCGAUGAUCUUCGUCUUUCGCUGUGGUGAGAAGGUAGCUGCAACUGGACCAUGCAAAGUAGAGGCCUUCAAGACUUGGCUUUCGGCAGCGAUGACACCUCAUAAGACAGUUGAAACGCUAAUUGAAGAGGGAACUACGUGUACCGGAAUCUAUGAAGAUCGUAGGGGAAAUCUCGCCACAUUGCUUGGGAGAUGCAAACCAUUCCUCGAUACGGAGAGUGGCUGCGUGUUCCAGCCAACACCAGAAUCCAACGGCUUGCAGAUUGGACGAGCAAAUCAAGGGAUCUCCGACUUCACAAUCACUAUGUGGAAUUCCGAAACCGAGGAUCCCAACAAAAUCUUCUUCGGCCUUCAUUUCAUGCCUGAUCCCACACAGAGAGCUCGCUUCGAAUCGGCGAUAUUCCGAGUCAUAUUUGGCCGGGAUAACGGGAAGGAAGGGCAUUCACCACUGAACGUCCUCGAGCUCGCCCCGACAAGUGCUGCAGACACUAUUCCCGCCUCUCCAGAUGAUGCAAUCGAACCUGGUAGCUGGAGCAAUUGGUCAGGCGAAGAGCCUGUUCGUCAAAGAACAGAAACGUAUAUUUACGGGAGCGGCCUGUAUAGUUCUGCGGCUGGAUGGGGUUUUAUCGAGGGAACAAGUCAAGGUCUCGACGCGAGCUACACACUUUCUGUCCUCCUACCGAGAACGACAAGGAUUUGCAUUGAAUUCUGGGCCAAAGCGGUACUGAUUCGUGGGGAUACAAAACCGCUUGACCCACGUCACAAGGUGACUUUAAAGAUAGGCACGAUGGAGAAGCCGUAUCAAAGAAUCUUGGAUCUGAGCGUCGCCAUGGAAAGAGCUAAACCAAAGAGUUAGAAUUGAAUUAUAGAGUAGCCGCCUGCACUGCUUACUGGGUUCCUUAUAGUAACUGCCAAUAUUUGUAUGUAAUAUUUUUCAGUGUCGG